UUGCUCCCCCCCCCACUCGCGGGCCGGGCAGACCCCCCUGCCCUCGACUGCUGUCCCCCCUCACCUCGCGGGCUGGGCUGGCGGCGGGCGGAGCCGCUCUUGGCCUUUUUUGGGCGUCUCCCUGCUCCGCGCCCCCAGACCUGCUGGCGGGCGCCCGGCGGGCUCCGCGGCGGCAGGGAGUCCGGAGGCGACCCCGGUUCAGCGCGCGGCCACCAUGACGGGAAGCAACAUGUCCAGCGCCUUGGCCAAUGCGGUGUGCCAGCGCUGCCAGGCGCGCUUCGCCCCCGCAGAGCGGAUCGUCAACAGCAACGGAGAGCUGUACCAUGAGCACUGCUUCGUGUGUGCCCAGUGCUUCCGGCCGUUCCCCGAGGGGCUCUUCUACGAGUUCGAAGGCCGGAAGUACUGUGAACACGACUUCCAAAUGCUGUUUGCUCCGUGCUGCGGAUCCUGUGGUGAGUUCAUCAUCGGCCGUGUCAUCAAGGCCAUGAACAAUAGCUGGCACCCGGGGUGCUUCCGCUGUGAGCUGUGUGACGUGGAGCUGGCUGACCUGGGCUUUGUGAAGAACGCGGGCAGGCACCUGUGCCGGCCCUGCCACAACCGUGAGAAGGCCAAGGGCCUGGGCAAGUACAUCUGUCAGCGGUGCCACCUGGUCAUCGACGAGCAGCCCCUCAUGUUCAGGAAUGAUGCGUACCACGCGGACCACUUCAGCUGCACCCACUGUGGGAAGGAGCUGACUGCUGAGGCCCGCGAGCUGAAGGGUGAGCUCUACUGCCUGCCCUGCCAUGACAAGAUGGGCGUCCCCAUCUGUGGGGCCUGCCGCCGGCCCAUCGAGGGCCGUGUGGUCAACGCGCUGGGCAAGCAGUGGCAUGUGGAGCACUUUGUCUGUGCCAAGUGUGAGAAGCCAUUCCUGGGUCACCGGCACUAUGAGAAGAAGGGCCUGGCUUAUUGCGAGACCCACUACAACCAGCUCUUUGGGGAUGUCUGCUACAACUGCAGCCGUGUGAUUGAGGGCGACGUGGUGUCAGCCCUCAACAAGGCCUGGUGUGUGAACUGCUUCUCCUGUUCCGCCUGCAGCGGCAAGCUCACCCUGAAGAACAAGUUUGUGGAGUUCGACAUGAAGCCCGUGUGUAAGAGAUGCUACGAGAAGUUCCCGCUGGAGCUGAAGAAGCGGCUGAAGAAGCUGUCGGAGCUGGCCGCCCGCAAGGCCCACCCCAAGGCUGUGGGCCUCAACUCCGCCUGAGAGGCCCCCUGCCUGCCCUCCUGCCUCUCCCUCCCUGCUUGUCUUCCUGCUCCUGCUGCCCCCUUCUGUUUACUGCCUCGGCUCCUCAUCUCAUCUCCUCUGUCUGUCACCUCUCCCCAUCUCCUGCCCUCCCUCUGUUCUCCCCACUUCUCUCUCUGCUCAGCAGUCCCUCCUUUUCCCUCUAUUCCCUCAUCUCUGCCUCUUCCCCACCUGUCUCUUCUCUCCCUCCCAUGGGCUCCUCCCCUUCCUUCUUUGCAGGCCAGGGGCAGAGGCAGGGGUCCUGGAGGUAGUCAGCCUGUGACAGGCCUGUGCCCGCAAGGUUCAGCCUGAGGUCCUCCAGGGACAGGAGCGCAUCAGGGCCUGGAGUCACCUGGCUCCAGCCUGUCCUGACCUGUCCCAUCCCUGCAGGAGGCCUGGCAGUUCACUGUCUCCUGUGGGAGCUUGGCCAGCCUCCACCCCAAAGUGGCCCCACUGUGCACAGAUGGCCCUCGGACCAGGGCCACGAGAAUGGGAGCCUCUGGGGAACCACUCUUGCAUCCCUCAGCCACACACUCACUCAACCAAAUAGGAUCCCUGUGCCCAAACUGGGCCAGCAAGCCCUACCAGCCGCACCCCACGCAUCACCAGGCCCCACCACCAUCACUCAGGAGGCCUCCUUCCUGAAUCCGGCCUUGGCCAGUCCAGCCCCAACCCGGGCCGCUGUGGUUCCCCAUGGCCCCUCCAGCUCCACCCCCCCCCCCAGGGCACACUCUGACUCUCUGGGUGUGGCUGGGGGCCCGGAGGUGGUGGGGUCAGGUGGGUGGCUCAUUCCUACCCUCCAGGGACCUGGUGUUGGGACUCACACUUGCACAACCAAUGAAGGCUUAUUUAC